AAGCGAGAAGGUCGAAGCCGUUCGUGGUCAAACCAGUUUCGCAGAAGGAUUAUCACUUGGAGUGAUAAUUACACGUGACUUGGAAGAAUCCACAUUUAGUUUAGUUUGUUUUGAUCAUAUCUGGUAGCUUAGAAGUUAGUUUGAAUAAGUGGAUAAGUACGCCAUUCUUUCCGGGUAGGAUGUUACAGGUAACAGGCCACUCGACACCCAUACAAACCGAUUCAAAACGACGUCUAUCUCCAUCAUCCUUUUUCAUCGCUCGGAAAUCGAUUGGCAUAUUGAAAUUUGAAAUCGAUUAAACGGAUCUUAUUUCAUCAAAGUAAUCACAGGGGUUUUUGGCAACUUCCUCGCAGAUCUUCCUCAUGAGUCUUAGUAAAAUUGAGAACCAAGGUUCCACCACAAAGAACUUGGAUGCUAUUUCAGACAGAAGUUUUCGAGCUUUCAGGUCCCUUACACCUCACUACCAUUGACUGGACUAAUCCAGAUCACCGAAGAUCUGUUGCAUCAUGUUUAGUUCAAGGCGUGUAUAUCAUAGAACGAGACCGCCAGGAAAACCGCCAGCCGCCACUUGCACCGCCAUGGUGGCAGUUUUUUAACUUUGACUUACACAGUCAACUCAUUGACGAUGCUGACUCAUGCAUCUUCGGUGCUAUCUACAAAUUGAAAAAUCCAAUUUCAGAAUCAACCCGAUCUUACAUCAUCGCGUUUCGCGGCACAUUAACAAAAGGCAACUCCUUUUUACGAGACUUAGACCUCGACAUCCACAUCAUUAAAAACGGAUUACAUGAAACAUCAAGAUUCGAAAUCGCCAUGCAAGCAGUCAAAAACUUGGUAUCCGGUCAAACAUCAAAGUCAAACAUAUGGUUGACCGGUCAUUCAUUAGGAUCCGCCAUGGCUUUGCUAGCGGGAAAGAAAAUGGCAAAAUCCGGGAUCUUGCUUGAUUCGUAUCUUUUCAAUCCACCAUUGGCGGGGUGGGUCCCGUGUUUGUUUGUGAAUCUGCACAGAUGAGGAACGCGAAGCAACAAAGAAACAAAAAAAUUAAUAAGCCAGAAGAUGCGUUUCUUGCAUUGGCGGGGUGGGUCCCGUGUUUGUUUGUGAAUCCAGGGGAUUAUAUUUGUUCAGAGUAUAUUGGGUAUUUUGAACAUAGGAAAAAGAUGGAGGAGAUAGGUGCUGGUGGUAUUGAAAAGCUUCAUCUUCUGGGAUUCUAUUUCUGGUGUUUUUUUUAAUGCGAUUGGGAAAGAGUCUCAUGAACCGCUUCAUCUUCUUCCUUCAGCGAAUCUGACCAUUAAUUUGACUCCUGCUGUUGAUUUCAAGGCAGCUCAUGGGUUUCAUCAAUGGUGGAUAAGUAAUCAGAAGUUGGAGACUAGAGUCUACAGUUGAGUAUCUAUCGUCUUAAAAAUGGUGUUUUUUAAAAUUUGUUUUUUUACUUAUUUCUUAGGUCAAACGUGUUGGAU